GCAAUCUGGACACGAUCAAAGCAAAUGCCAAGAAGCUGGCUGAAACGGGCAUCUGCAGCAUAUGCAUUCUGCGACUAAUCGAUGUCCCCUGUGGCCCAGUAUACCUCAUGCAGUCACCAGCCAGCAAGCAUACGCACCAGUCUCGAUCUUCCGGCACCCGAUGCCAGUGCGUGCCCGCUGUGUCUGGGUAUUCUUGACCACGCUCACUCCAGCAAGGUAGCCGAGGAAUUCAAGGCGCAGGCGUACGAUGCCGAUGAUGUAUCGGUCAGCAUCGAACUGCCCAAAUCGAUCUACAUACGCGAGCACUCGAUGAGCCUAUUUGCCAAGCGCAACCUAGCUGCUGUAAACAGCGGCCACCGCUAUCCGGAUAUCAAGGAUACUGCCAAGUUUCUGAUCUCGCAGCGGCUGGUCGACUUGUGCUCGGUCCAGAUCAACAACGACAGCGAAAUGCGUGUGGAGGUCAGCUUUUCGCACGAGGAAUCGGCCAGCGAGCAUCAGUUCCUUAUUGACCGUAGUGGCUCGUCAAUCAAGACCAAGACCUUCCGCAAGCGCGGUCUUGGCCGCUGCCCAGACGACGAGUUCACCGCUGGCUUUGGACAGCAACCGCCUGCAGUCGCCACAGCUGCUGCGCUGGACCCACCACUCGAGCGGAAUAUCAGCCAGACGCCAUUCAUCGUCGACAACAAGCGCGUCACUGAGCUGUCGGUCGCUGAAGUCAUUGGCGACCCGCUCAAGGCGCUGGUCAGGAGCGACGAGUACAACUUGGUCGGAUCAGGUCGCGAAGACGCUGAUGUGCGCAUGCUCGGCGACGGCCGUCCGUUCUAUGUUGAGUGCAUCAACCCACGUAUCAAAAAGGUGCCGCAGGUGGAUAUCACCAAGGUUGAACAGCAGCUGGUCGCCGCUAGCUCGCCUGUCCAGGUGCGCCGUCUCCAGAUAAUCAAGGCGGACGACACUUCGAUCAUCAAGGAGGGCCAGGACAGCAAGACCAAGCUGUACUGCGCCCUGGUGUGGUUUGCCAAGCCGCUGAGCAGUGAGAAGAUCGAGGAGAUCAAUGCCCGGGGCAAGCAGGAGAUUGUGCUGCAACAGAAGACGCCGAUCCGUGUGCUGCACCGCCGCGCGCCGCUCACCCGCCCCAAGAGGCUGCUUGCGCUGGAAGUCCGGAUCGAGUCCGAGGCUGGCACGUACAUCAAGGAGUUUGUGCACGGAGACCUUGGCCGCACAGCGCCAUCACUGGCGGAUAUGGCUGGCGUAACUGCUGACAUCCUCGAGCUCGACGUCGAGAACGUGUCGCUGGACUUCCCACCCACACUGUCGUCUUGA